UACCCAUGUUUACCUGUGUGACGUCACGUUAUACCUGGGUGAAUCGCAGGGUGCAUUCUGACAGUUCAAGACAAGUGUCCGAGAGAAGUGGAGCGAUUGCAAUGUUUUCAUGUUUAUAGCUGGAUGUUUUUUGUAAAGAUUCUGAUGGAUUAAUUAAUUGAAAGUUAUUCUGUGGAAAAGCAGACAACAUGCCGGACGAAUCGGUAAAAGUAGCUGUCAGGGUCCGUCCCUUUAAUCAAAGGGAAAAGGACAGACAGGCCAAACUCAUCAUUAAGAUGCAGGGUCAGAUGACCACUAUCACAAAUCCAGAAACUCCAAAUGAAGAACCUAAAAGUUUUUCCUUUGAUUUCUCAUACUGGUCACAUGAUGGUUUCCAAGAGCAGAGCGAUGGCGUAUUAGUUCCUGCGGGCGGGAGUAAUUAUGCCAGUCAGAGAAGGGUGUUUGAAAAUCUGGGACAAGGCGUUCUGGAUAAUGCCUUUGAAGGAUAUAACUGUUCCUUGUUUGCCUAUGGACAGACAGGAUCUGGAAAAUCCUACUCCAUGGUGGGAUAUGGAAAUAACAAGGGAAUUGUACCAAUUACCUGUGAUGAAAUGUUUAAAACCAUGGACAAAAAUACAGACCCAAAUAAGAGGUUUGAAGUGACAUUUUCUAUGUUAGAAAUUUACAAUGAACAAGUGAGAGAUUUAUUAUCUAAAGACAAUCCUAAGGGUGGACUUAAUGUGAGACAGAACCCCAAACUGGGGUACUUCUACGUGGAAAAUCUCAAACGAGUCCCUGUGGGGAGUUAUGCUGAAAUUGAGAAGAGAACGGACCAGGGAACGGCCAGCAGAACGGUGGCAUCCACUAACAUGAACGCCACCAGUAGUAGAGCUCACACUGUAGUCACCAUAACGUUUGAUCAAAUCAUAAAGAAUGAGAGCGGAUCAGAGACCAAGAAAAGUAGUGUCAUGAAUCUGGUGGAUCUAGCAGGUUCCGAGAGAGCGGACAGUACAGGGGCCACUGGUGACCGUCUGAAGGAGGGAGCUAACAUUAACAAAUCCCUGUCUGCCCUGGGGAAUGUCAUCUCAGCUCUUGCUGAUUUGUCAAUGGGAACAAAGAAGAAAAUCAUGGUUCCAUACAGAGACUCCGUACUGACCAAACUUCUACAGAAUGCAUUGGGAGGCAACAGUAAAACAAUCAUGAUUGCUGCCCUAUCCCCAGCUGAUAUUAACUAUGAUGAGACAUUGUCCACUUUGAGAUAUGCAGAUAGAGCAAAGAAAAUCAAAAACAAAGCCGUAGUCAAUGAGAAUCCAUUGGAUAAACUUAUUAGGGAGCUUAAGGAAGAAAAUGAGAAAUUGAAGAGAGCCAUGGAGGGUGGAGGAAUGGUGAUGCAGGAGGGGGCGGGUCUCUCUCCUGAGGAGCUUGAGAAGAUGCGUAAGCAGAUGGAGGAGGACAUCCGAGCUCAGCUGAUGGCCAACCAGGCAAUGCUGAAAGAGAACGAGGAGAGCUGGGACGAUAAGCUAGCUGAGGCCAGGACAGAAACAGAGAAGAUUGACACUGGAGGAGCAGACAAUCAGAGAAAAAGUAAAGAACCCUAUCUGAUCAAUUUGAAUGAGGACCCCAUGUUGUCUGGGGUCAUCUGUCACUUCCUGAAGAACAGCGGAGAAACAACAGUAGGAAGGAAGGAUGCUAGUCCUGUACCAGACAUAUGUCUCAGUGGUCUGAGCAUUCAGAAACAGCAUGCAGUGAUUUUUAAUAACAAAGGUGUGAUAGAAAUUGAAUCAGUGUCAGGAAGUGGAUCAAAGACAAAAAUUAAUGGCUUACCUCUCACAGGAAGGAAGGCUCUUUGUCAUAAGGACAGAAUUCUCUUUGGAUCCAACCAUAUGUAUGUUCUGAACAAUCCCUUAAAACCUGAGACUGCAGAAUCAAGUCUUCCAAAAGAAAUAACUUGGGAGUUUGCUCAGAAGGAAAUUGCUCAGGUGAAAGGAUUUGCCACAGGUUCAGCAGGGCUCAGUAAAGAACAACAGAUAGUACAAGAGCAGGUUCUGGAGAUCCUGCCCAUGGUUUCUGAAGUGAAUGCCGUGUCUGAGGAGCUAAACAAACAGAAGUCUUUUGAAGUUGUAUUAAUCUCAGCGGCCGCCCAGGAGGGAGGGGACAUAACUCAGUCAAAUGCCUCCAAAGUAACAGUGAAAAUGAAAAAUCUUCUAAAUGGUAACACAUGGCUGUGGGAAAGAGGAAAAUUCAUCACAAGAAGAUAUCUAAUACAGGAGUUGUACCAGAAGUUUCUAGAUGGAGAGGAUGUGUCUCACAUUCCCAAGGAACAGGACCCUUUCUGGGAGCCCACUGAAGAUGUACUGGUGGGGACCUCCAAUCUCUUCCUCCAGUCUCUGUCUUAUUGUCUGGACUUCGAAGACACUCUCAACAUCUCAGAUUACAAGGGUCAGGAGGAGGGCCAUGUCAAGGUCAAACUGGAGCCCUGUGACCCCAAGGGCAAACCUAUUGAUGAGGAGGCAUUUGUGGAUGAUCCUCGUGAACUACUUAACAAACCUUAUAAUUUCAAGCUUACUAUUGAGAAUGCAAACAUCCACAAAUCCAGAUUCUCUAAAGGAAUCUUAGUUAAAUACUCUGUAAAGAACAAUGGAAAAGUGGAAGAGGUCAAAACCCAGACUGUGAAGAAUACUUUGACCCCGACCUUCAACCACUCCAAGGUCAUCUCCAUUCCUAAGCUGAAGCAGGAAAACCUGGAUUUCUUUGAGUCGGGUUGCAUCACACUGUCUGUAUAUGGGAUACAGGAGGACACACUGCCAGACCCCAAACUUCUGAAACUCAACACUAGGGAAUUAAGAGAAGCUUCAAUGUACCAGGAGUUAAGAGAUGUUACCAUUAAUCAGGAGUUGCGACAAAUGGAGAACAUGGAGAACUUGAACUCCCAGGCCCACGCCAGCGGUAGGCGAGGUACGAUGUUUGGUAACGAGAUCGCUUCUGAUACCUCACAUCUCAAGACAGAGGUGGUACUGUUACAGAGGAAGUACGAGAGACUGCAGCAGAAGGAACGACGAAUGCAGCAAAUCUGUGAAGAAUGGUCUAAGAAACCUGAUGGGGAGAAGCAGUUUGAGCCAUUCUUCCGAGCUGUUUCAGCAGCCGCCAAUAGCACAGGAACCAGACUCAAGACGAGAGUUCAGAUGCUUAAUCAGGAUGGCAAACAUGUCGGGGACGGGGAUACGAUAAGUUUAUUUGUCUUUGAUGAAAAUGAACACGAAUUGGCACAGGAGGCCAGCUUAAAUAACGGCGUUGUUGACUACCAUAAAGUAUCCAAGCACCAUUACCCGGAUCUGCAACUAACCAAAGCCAAAACUGAUUCUGUGAUAGAAGAGAAAGACGAGAGUCAGGGAGACCAAGAUUCAUUUGGCUCUGUAGACUUGGCACCGUAUAUGAACCCAGGCUCUGAGGACCGCAAUAAGGGGUUUACACAAAACGGCAAAAGGACAGCUCUUCUCUCUGAUUUAAACACCAAGAGAGAGGUUAUUAAACCGGCGCGAAAUGCAAUAAGCGAGUAUUCAGUGAGUCGAUAUUCCUGCCCUCCCCCUAAGAUUUUUGCUUGUUUCCCUAUAGCUUAUUUUUUGUUUUUAUUUUAUAACGAAAUAAUUCGAGACAGCAUCCCAUUGAGACAAAAAACUCCAACUACUUUGGGAAAAAAAUUCGAAGCACUUUUUCUGAUUUUCAUUUUUAAUAGUUUUAGUUUGUGGUGGCCAUUAGUUUGUCAAUUUCCAAGUUUUUCUUUUUUUCUUGUAUUUUUGUGUUCUUUUGUUUUAAUUUAGUUCUCAGAUUGUUUUGAAGAGUUUCAAUAUUCAAUAUCGAAGUGUGUCAAAGGGAACUUGAUAUGAUGUUCGGUUUUCUGAGAAAAACUUGCACAUUGCAAAAUUCCAUUCCUAUGAUUCCCGAAGUAGGAUGAACUAAAUUCAUAUUCAGACAACAAAUCCUGAAUAAGUGAUUCAACAACAAAAUCGGGGAACCAAUCAGAAAUCGUCCAAACUCCUUUGAAGGAGAGAGACCAAUUAAACUUCGUUUGAAAAGUUUGAAAAGUCGGAAAAACGACUUUUAUGUUCUUUAUGUCGUUGUAACCAAUGCGCGGACAUCUUGCUUGUCAGUUUUGGCAUCUACUGUUGGCAUGACAACCUCUCUAUAGCAUGAAAAUGUAACCAAUUAUAUAUAUCUCGGAAAUGCAUGCAUGCAAAUGUGGUUACAACGUAUUAUCAGCACAUAACAAUAACGUUCAUCUGAAUAUAAUCACAAUAUAUAAUUCAGUUCAAUAAUUUUGUUUUAUGAACAUAUGUUUUAUAAUUUUAUAGAUUCUACGUAGAUAUAUAUUAUAAAAUUAAACAGAAUCUUUUGUUAUAUAUUUAUUUUGUUUAUUUUUUUUCAUUUCAGUAGAUAUUUUGCAACACGUUUGUGCAUCUAGAUUUGAAAUUUUCAUUUUGAACAGUGUGCACACUAGUCUUGUGAAUGUAGAAAUAAAAUGACGAUUUCGUGUGAUUUUCAGUUAAUCAAAUUGUAUCCGAAGAAUUUUAAUUUGAUUUCAUGUUUCGUUU